GUUGAAAAUGUUGUGCAAAGUAUUAUUCAAUGUCAUUUUAAUAUUCCACUUUGUUACGUGAACGUUACCGGGGAGUAAUGGCAGUGUCUACUGAAAAUGCGAUGAGCGGCAAGAAGGGGAAUCCUUGUAUGCAAUGGUUGGUGGCUAUGCUAGCGAAUACCACACUCCUAACAUAUGGGUUUCAAGCGGGCUGGGUGUCACCAAUGACAAAAGUUUUACAAUCAGAGGAUUCGCCGGCCGGUUAUCCGUUGUCAGACUAUGAAAUAUCAUGGAUAGCAAGCUCUCUUUGUAUAGCGGCGACGUUUGGAGUCUCUCUAUUCGCGUAUAUCGUUGACAGAUAUGGAAGAAAAGUAGCAAUUUUAAUAAUGGCUGCCUUGCAAGCGCUAUGCUGGAUCAUGAAGUUAUCCUCAGCACACAUAGCAGUAUUAAUCAUAGCCCGGUUGUGUACUGGGCUCUCUGCUGGAGGUUGUUACAACGUUGUACCAAUGUACGUCAGAGAAAUAAGCCAGGAUGACAUAAGAGGGGUGCUUGGAUCCUUCAUAAUUCUGUUUCAAAAUAUUGGAAUACUGGCAAUGUUUGCGAUGGGAGCGUACUUGAAUUACUACACUGUGUUGUGGAUCGUGGUUUGGGUGCCAGUAUUAACUAUAAUACUGAUGUUAAAGGCACCAGAAUCACCAGCCUUUUUAGUGAAACAAGGGAAAAUUGAUGAAGCGACAUCAACCAUAGCGUUCCUUCGAAAAUUAGAAAUCAACGACAAAGUCAUACAAAAUGAAAUUGACCUUAUGAAAAAUGAAGAGCUUACUUAUAAGUCACUGCCAAAGAUUUCUUUCAAAACUAUAUUCAUGAACAAGGCAUGGCGUCGUGGUAUCAUACUCAUCUUGAUUUUGGUGACAUGUCAAACGAACAGUGGUAACUUCGCUAUUUUGACAUAUUCGCCGGCCAUUUUGAAAUCAGCCGGCGUCACGUGGAACCCAGAGCUACAGACGUUGAGUUUCCCCGCAGUUAUGAUCCUUGCAUCGUUUAUUUCAAUGAGUUGCGUCGAAAAGUUCGGUAGGAAGCCUAUCAUCAGUAUAACGUUUGCUGGAGCAAUUUUAGCACAUGCAAUGUUGGGAACAAUAAUAUUUCUACAGUCUCAAGGAAGUUUUACGCCUGGGUGGCUGCCAGUGUUGGCUAUUGUGACCUACGUUUUUGUAUACGCUGGUGGGAUCUCAGCUAUGCCAUACAUAAUUAUGGCAGAAAUGUUUAACUUUCAGAUACGAGCGAAGGUAAUGGGUGGCUUAGUGACAUAUGCGUGGUUCAUGUCCUUUCUUCAGCUGGCUUGCUUUACGGCCGUUGCGAACUUUCUUGGGACAUACACUGUGGUUUAUUGUUACGCCGGUAUCAACCUAUGUGGGGCUUUAGUUGGUUUAAUAUUGCUGCCAGAAACAAAGGGUAAAACUGUCGAGCAAAUAGAAAUGGAUAUAUUAGGUAAAAAUAAGCAAGUACACUAAGCGUUUUGUGUUGAA